CUAUACUCGUGGUAUAAUUCCAAAUGUAUAGGAUCAAUUGACUUCCUGAGGAUUUUUUAACAAUUUUAAAUUUUGAAUAGUUUGUACCGAAAGUGCUAAUAAUUAUAUAGUGUAUUUAGAAUAUUAAGAAUAAAACGCACAAUAGAACCGAAAAUAAGUUAAAUCUAUGUCCACAAGUAAUGAGAAAAAGCCUGCCUCAAAAAUGCCAGCUGUCAACAAUGCGGUUCCUUCUGUUACUCCCAUUGAGGGGAAUGUUAAACUUGAAACCAGCUCUCCCAUAGUGAAUGGAAUCACUAAAUUAUCCUCACUGACUCCGGCCAGGGACUUGACUUUGGGCGGUAGGGGAAGCUCCACAGCGGCCAAAAAAGUAUUUCUGCCAAAUCUCAACGUGGUUAGAAACAAGAAUACCAAUGUUAAAACCUCGAAAGAUACCACACAAAUGCGUGGUCGUGGCCGGGGGCGUGGUGCAGACAGAGGUGCUGGUAGGGGCGGAAGUCGUGGCGGCAGAGGUGGUGCUUCAAAUUUGAUACAGACUGCGGGCGUUUUCUCUGAAGGAGCUGGAGCUGUGAACAUACGCAAAACAACAAAUUCGUCAGGAUACUCCAGAGAUGUGGAUGACUCACCAUCAGCCAUGCGUAAACCCACCAUAUUUAAAACAGAAAAGAAAAUGGAUUUAAAGGCUGAAUUAGCUAGAGAUAAAGAUAUACUAAGAGGCCUAGAUGAUGAUGAGGAAGAAGAUGAUGAACAAAAGACUGAUAUGGAUAGAAUACCUGUGCUACUGAAUGAGGCCAAAUGGAAGUACAUAAAACCCGAAAUAAAAACCGAAGUCUCUAACACUCAAUCAUCCUUAUCAAGUGAAGAUGCUGUGGCCAUAGCAUCACAAAUCCAGUCAAUGCACGUUGCUCAGCAACAAAAUCGCCCAUUGCCUCGUUAUCCCCAGUCAUUGGACGAACUUUUAAAUAAUACAUCAGAUUCCAAAAUAUUCCUAAUGCAGCUGCCGGAUACUUUACCAUGUGUAGAUGAUGACAAUGAUUCACCAGAGAUAACAAAAUCUCCUAAUGAAGAUCCUAAAGCACCUGCACCCGCCAUUGAAAAUCAGAAAAAAACUGUCAAAGAACAUAUUCUUAAGAAAAUGGAAGAGGGUCAAGUGGGGCGUUUGAUACGCUAUAAAUCCGGUAAAACGAAACUAGUUUUAGGAGAAACACAAUUUGACUUGGACAUUGGCAUGGAAACUGGUUUUCUACAGGAUUUAAUGUCAAUCAGCUGUAAUCGAGAGGAACGAAGCGGUAAUAUGAUUAAUUUAGGACCCAUACAAGCCAAAAUCACAGCCACUCCUGACUGGGAACAUUUACUAAAACAGCCUCUAUCGGAUGGUAAACUAUAGCACAUGCUAUCUGUAUGUUGUGCUCUUAUUGGCAUGUUUAUUUGUUUCCUUAAACAAUUCGUCGUGUAUAUAAAAACGAAAAUACGUUUUAGUAAUGAUUUUUGUUAUUGGCCUUUUAUAGCAUGUUUCCAUUGGAAACCGAACAACGUUGUUCGCUCUCAGAAUUAAGUACACGAAUUAACCCGUUCAUACGGCACGAUUCGUAAUUCAUAGUAAAAUAAUUCCUUUUUUCAAAAAUUUUGUUUCUUGAUUUUAAUGGGAAUUUAUACUAAAAUACAUUAAAUUCUCACUAAUAUGAAUAAAAGAAAUGAUUGUUUAUCUCCCAAAUAUGUAUUAUAUCAAUAAUUUUAUAAUUUUCAUUCACGUUUUCAACUUUUUGUGUAAAUCUUGACAUUUUGAACAUAUUUUUGUGUUUUUCCAUUUUUAAAUUCUACUGGAGAGACACUUGUCAAACAUUUUUUCUGCCAAUAGAAACAUUUUGAAAAUAUUGCCUCUUUUGUUUGCAGUUUUCUGUGGAAAUUUCAUCUCGUGGACCAAAUGCGUACUUCGAAUGAAAGAGAAAACAAAAUUUACUUUCGUUUGAAUGUACAUACGCCAUUCAACAUUGUAGUUUUCAUACAUAAUUUUCAGUCUUCCCAAAAAUUUUUAAAUUUUCAUUAAAUUUUUCUAUUUUUAAUUUUAAAUGUCAUAAUUUAUUUUUUCGAUAAAUGCUCUCAUUUGUUAGGGAUGGGACAUAUUUUUUCGUUGUUCUGAGAGUGAUUUGAAUUGAACAACGUACAAAUAUGAGUGUUCGCUCAGGAAAUUUUGUGUGAAGAAUUAGGUAGUUUUUUCAUAGUUAAGGGUCAAACAACGAAUAGAGAGCGAAUCAAGUGCAGUGGAAACGCCACAUUAUUCUAAAGAGCUCUGAAAUUAUUCUGCAUUUUUCCACAUCAUCUUCAAAAGAAAAAUAAAACAAAUGAUUAGCUAUGUUAGAGACUCCACUGAUGUAACAAUAAAAAUACAGCUGAGACUUAAAAUAAA